AUGGAGACCGUCAGAUUUCCAACUACUGAUGGAAGAAUUACCCUCGCAGUGUCAAGUCAGUUUCGAGAGCCCAAAACACUACCAAGGUCGAGACUGUCUGUCCUUCCCUUGGAAAGCGGUCCUAUCCGUACAAGAGUUCAGCUAGUCCCAUAUCGCCAUAAUUCAGGUCUGGAUCCAUGGCUGUCUGGUAUUGAGCAAGACAUAAUCGACAACACAAAGUUUGACGCUUCGGAUUUGGCGUCUCAAGAUCUCGACUUCGAGGAAAUAUUCACGCAUGGCAAGCCACAAAAGAAGCUCACAAGAGUUGUCGAAGUCACAUUGUUGAAACGAGACAACCGGAAACCGUCGAGUUCUUCUUACGCUCACUAUGAUGCCGCAAGUAAGACCGCCGACGAUGUUCACACUGCCACAGGAAGUGAAAGAAGAUCCACCUCUACAAAGAAUAAUGACAGAGUGAGACAUGGAGUCACCAAUACUUCCUCUAAAGUGUGA